AUGCAAUUCUAUUCCAUCGUUGUAUUUUUAGCAUUGACAGUUUUUCUAGUCAGUUCGAAAAGUAUCCGACCAGUCGACAGCGAACACGACGAGAGCGGGGAAGACGUCGAAACGUACCGCGUCAACCAAAAAUACAACCCAUCCUACAAUGCCGAACAACGUUUAUUAGCAUUCCUCAAAAACAAAGUGAACCAGAUCGAUGAUGACCAAUACGAUGUCAUCGCCAAACGAUCCAGAUUAAUUACCAAAGGUGAUCCAAGAGAAUUCAUGGGUUAA